AUGUCCUCUACUCAUCGGUGCACUAUAAAAACAGGAGAAGAGAGGCCUCUCAACUCAAACAACGGUUUAUGUCGAAAACAGCAUGUCCGUUGGGACGGUUCUGAGUGUGCAUUGUCGAUCCAAAUUAAAGACGACGACAUCGGAGACCAAGCUCUCGACGUCGGCUCCAACAUCAGCUGGCGCUUCGAAAACGAAGGGUUUGGCUCGACGCUCUUCUGGUGCGAUCUCGCAGCCAACGACCACAAGCGUCUCUCUUUCGACGCGUACAAUGGAGCAGCUACGAAACUGCGAGAUAUGAAUAAUGUUCGGUGGUUUGUCAAAGACGAUGGAGUUUACUUGCUGAACAGGUAUGGAAAUGGAAUCCAAGAAAAAUACCUUGGCGGAAACUGGCACUAG